UGGUCAUAGCUUCUUGAGCCUCCUCAGGUCUCUGUACGUACACCUUUGUGCUGUUCAUAGCAAGAGCUUGAUUGCUCAAAAAAAUAAUGGAUCCAAUCAGCAUAGAGAAGAUCAAGGCCAUGAGGAAGUACAGGAGGAGCAGGAGGCAGCAGCAGAAGAAGCUGCUCCCUACUCUCACCCCUUACAUGGUGGCCACUUGUGUUCUUUGCCUGCUGCUCACUAGCCCUGCCUGGUUCCCCAGGCUGUGCUCACUACUCAUCUCCUUCCUCACCACCCUCCCUGACCUGGCAACGGCCUUCUUGCUCAGCCCCAAGUGCCUCUUUGUCGUUGGCAACCUCAUUGUCGCCUUCCUCAUCAACGAGUCUAGGCUGGCGCCGAGGAUCCCGCCUGCUUCCCUAGUGGAUGUGGAUGGCAUCCACGAGGAGCACGUGAAGAGAAAUGUCACGUCGAUGGCAACGACGACAGUGGUGUUCACAGAUCAAAGCGCUCAGGUUGGAGUAGUUUGGGAGGGAGAGGAGGAGGAAGAGGAGGAACAAGGAGAAGAGGAGCUGGAGAAGAGGGUGGACGACUUCAUCGCAAGGGUCAGGAGGCAGAGGAAGCUCGAAGCCAAGAGCUUCUUUGAAACUGAUCGGUGACCAUGAAUGAUCUAGCUUACUUAAUUUCCUUGGUGUUUGAAGAUGCACGAGAAGAUUACUCCAAAUUAAGGACAUAUAAUGCUGUGUGCUACUAUGCUUAAUUCUGUCAUGUUAGGGUCAGAGGUAAGAAGAACCUAUUCCACUG